AUGAGCAGUCACGUUUAUAAAUACACGAACGGAGAUACGGCGAGAAAUGAGUUUUAUUCCGAGAACAAUUGUGAAACAAAGCGUCUGAGUUCGAGUGGCUAUGAUUACAAUAAUAAUUCAAUCCCCACAGAUCUUAUCUGUGCUGUUUGUCACGCGGAAUACCGAAAUCCGAAAUUGCUACCAUGUUUGCACACGUUUUGUAAAAGAUGUUUGGAAAAGUAUGUCGAAUGUCUAGACGGAGAUUAUUAUGUCAAGUGUCCCUUUUGUGGUACGCGUAGAAAGAUUAAGUCGAGAUCUGACGAUGGUCACGCAUGUCUUGACGAACUCGUCUCUGAUUUCGUAGCGCUUAAUUCGCUGGACGCUUGCGCGAUUAAUGUUAAUGAGUUGAGCGAUGCGAGUUGCAGUAACUGUUCGACGCGCGCGCAAAGUCGUUGUUCCGAAUGCGCGGUGUUUCUUUGCGCGAACUGUCAACGCGCGCACAAAAAUAACAAACAGACAAAAAAUCACAACGUCUGUUCGUUAGCUUUACUCGGUUUGAAAUCCGACCAGAUUUUACACACAGGAGACUAUUGCAAAACUCACGCGGGCCAAACGUUGACCCACUUUUGCAGGACUUGCGAUCGCGCGGUCUGUAACGACUGCACGUUUUUGGAUCACCCAAAAGACGGACACUCGGUCACGGAGCUUUCCGACGUCUCUCCGACACAACGCCGACAGCUGGCGGAAAUUCUAUCAGGUGUCCGACAAAAAGUACCUUUCUUAAAACGUACACUACUUGAUAUCGAUUCAGUGUUACAGUCGCUCCCGGAUAAUGCCGACGCCGUUGCCAGAGAGAUCGCGAGGACAACAGAGAGCUUUAUUCAAACUCUAAGACAACGCCAGGAAGAGCUGCUCGACGAACUGACAAAAUUAUGCGCACACAAGGCGACGGUUUUGCACGAGCAGAAAUCGAGAAUACAAUCCGAGCUCGAAAUUCUGGAAGAUAACUGCCAGGCGAGUGAAAAAAUUCUCCGAAAUGGAAGCAAUUCCGAGAUUGCAACCGUGAACAAUUUGGUGUACAAACGGCUGGAAUUUCUACGAAAUAUGAAGUUGAAUGUCGAAGCCGAUGAGAAUUCUGAAUUCGGGUACGAUUCUGGUUCCGAGAAAUUGAAAAGUGAGAUUUUAAACACUGGGGAAGUAUUUCUAGUAAAUACAUCGUCUCCUCUAAAGGUUCUCGGAGACGGUCUACAAGAUGCUGCCGUCGGAAAGUUUGCCUCGUUUACUGUAGCCACAUCUGAGAAAUGUGAGCUAUUCUCCGGGGAUUUGGAUAUACGAAUUGAGACCCCUGAUUCUGUGCUCCUCGAAUGUGACGUCACACACAGCGGGAACCUGUGCAAUGUCGUGUACAAUCCCAAAGUUCCUGGCGAGAAUGAGAUCUCGGUGACAUUCCGGGGGGAGCAUUUGCCCGAUAGUCCCAUCUGUGUGAAUGUGAAGGACGGUCACGUGAUUUAUGCUCAAAAGAAGACGAAAUGUGUAACUUUUGGUCACCGGGGUAGUGCCCCCGGGUGUUUGAACCAGCCGUGUGAUGUAGCCGUACGGAAUAACGGUCAUAUUCUGCUAGCCGACACUUCGAACCAUCGCGUUCAAAUAUUUGACGCAAAUGGGAAAUUUAUUUCGAAUUUUGGGAAGCCAGGUGGUAGUUUUGGCCAACUAACAUACCCAUCAGGCAUUGCGAUCUCGCCUCGUGGUCACGUGAUUGUGAGUGAUUAUGGCAACCAUCGCGUGCAAGUUUUCACUUCCGGUAGCGUGUACCUGAGGUCAUUUGGGGGUAAGGGGAGCGCCGAGGGAUUGAUCGACCACCCCAUAGGGGUAGCUGUUGACGAAGAGGGACACGUAGUGGUAGUCGAUCAGGACAACCACAGAGUACAGGUUUUUGACGAAAAUGGCAAGUUUCUACGUCAGUUUGGUUGUUAUGGCAACGGAAACGGCCAACUAGAUCGCCCUAUGUAUGUUGCAAUUAGCCCAGACGGCGAUGUCUUCGUAACGGACUCGAGAAACCAUCGGGUCCAAAUUUUCGACGCCGACGGCCGUUAUCGGGAAAGCCUCGGCGAACGAGGCACCAACGAUGGUGAGUUUUAUUAUCCCACUGGUAUAAGCAUCGAUGCUGCGGGCUAUGUUGUCGUCUCUGAUCAAACCGCGAGAAUUCAAGUUUUCAACCCUGAACUACAGUUUGUAACGAAACUGGAGCCGCGGUCAGUGGAUAAACUGGAGUGUCCUAUGGGGAUUGAUUACAACCCUGAAGGCAAGAUUAUCAUCGUUGAUAAAGAAUGUAGCAAUGUGAAAAUAUUGUACCCAUGA